CGACUUCGACUUCGCUUUGACUUCGCUCAGCGCAUGCUUCCAAACAAGCACCUUCAGUCUCUUUUCAAUCUCCCACCUUCGAUGCAGUUCCCAAUAUCCUUCGGCUCAGGCGACACUGCAAACGGGCUGCUUUCAGCCAGUUUUUCACAUUCAAUGCUCUCUUCACCAUGAAUGACGUGACCUUGAUUUCUGUGAGUGUGUCGGUCCUCAUUCAAGCUCGAGCCAUGCUGAUCCAAGUCGUUGCCCACCGUUCGCAGUCUCCCAACUUCCAGUACCCUCUCACUUCCUUUGGCACCCUCUCGCUACCUCUGGAGCCCUCCCACCAUCAAGUUGACAAGUUCAGCGCCCUCUCGCUACCUUCAGCAUCCUCCCGCUUAGCGCAUCCAAUGCCACCAGCACCAUGCGCAAACACCCAACACACACCAGCAAGUGCUGGUGUGGCGCAAACGCUCGCGGACGACACCAGGACGCUGAAGAUGAAUAAAGGACGAGAGGAGGAGGGAAAGAGGAGAGGAGAGAGAAAAGGAGAGCACACGCAGCACAUGUAGACUCGACUCUAGAUGGGGGGUUCUCUCAGCUGCAAAG